GCUGCCUGCCAGCUUCAGUGCGCUGAGAGAGAGGCGGAGAGACGCAACCAGUUAGAGAUACUGCUGGAAACCCGUGUCUCAGACGGAGCCGCUAUUGUGAGCCUUAUUAUCACACGGGGAGAGUCCUAGCCAGCAACCCUUAUAUUGGACUGUAUGCGGGCAAGUGAUAUACUGCGCCGAAGAGAAGGUGCCAGAAUUGUGUAUUGGAGUUAUUGAAAGUUGCAUUUUUGACUUGGAGAAUACGUGAAUUGUUCGUGUUUUUGCUGACAAGGGCUGGUGGGGGUGCGGCUGACUUCAGCGCUGUAGGUUUUGGGCGCACGGGGAUUUCUGCAGUCAUGCAGGCAAGCUACCGACUUUUGCUGCUGGGUAUUUGCAUUGUCGCAGCCUGGGAUCAGGUGCAGUGUUCAAAUUCUUCAAGUAGAAAUGAGUGUGCUGAUCCCGCACCUGUGUGUCCUGAUCAUUCAACGUGCUUCGAUACACUGGAGAGUUUCUACUGUCAGUGCGUGCCAGGGUACAGAUCAACAGGGAAACACAAUUUUACAGAGAGAGACACAUUCUGUAAAGAAAUAAAUGAGUGUAGAGAGAACAGCGCCCUCUGUGGCCAGAACGCUUGGUGUCGAAACACAAUUGGAAACUACAGCUGCUCCUGCAAGGCAGGCUUCAGGUCCAGUUCUGGGCAGGAGAACUUCAUGGCCGGACAAAGCAACUGUACAGAUAUAAAUGAGUGUGAAGAGAACAGCACCCUCUGUGGCCGGAACGCUUGGUGUCGAAACACAAUUGGAAGCUACAGCUGCUCCUGCAAGGCAGGCUUCAGGUCCAGUUCUGGGCAGGAGAACUUCACGGCCGGACAAAGCAACUGUACAGCCAUUGAUGAGUGCGCCCAAACCCCCUGGCUCUGUGGUCCGAAUGCACAAUGUACCAACACUGUCGGCAGCUACACCUGCUCCUGUAAUCCCGGAUUAUUUCCUAAUACUGGAUUGAGAUGGAUACUCAAUCAAACACGGUGUGAAGAUUUAACAAAGAUCCAAGAUGGGAAAACCUGCAACAUUCCAAUUAAUACAGGGACAUUGAGUCACCUAAACAGUUCCUCAGCCUGGUUUUGUCUCAUCACUAACUUCAAUUCUACUAAGUUUACAUCUGGAUAUCAGGUGCAGCAAGUGGCUGUUGUUUUAAGCUCUGCUCUGAAUGACAUUUCCUUGUGGAAUAACCUGACCAGGGAUGAGAAGUCUGUUGCAGCUGAAUCAUACCUGGAGACUGUAGAGAGGGCAGUGCUGCAGUUGACUGAGCCUUCAGAUGUUCUCUUAAGGAAAAAUGUGCGCUCAGACAAUCUAGAUAUGGAGUUGCUGAUUAUACCAUUCAAACACAACACAUCAGAGGAACAGUUACGAGCCAAUAAAAACACACUGGAGAUUAAGUUGGGAAAACUUAUGGAAGAGAAUAAGCAAGGUCAGGUAACAGUUGGGUUUGUCUCAUACACUGGGAUGGAGUCUGUCUUGGAUGGGAGCUUUUACAAGAAUCAAUCAUCUAUCAAGUUAAACUCACAAGUGGUUACUGCCACUAUAGGCAGAAAUCACCACAAACUUUCAGAGCCAGUCCAUUUAACCUUCCAUCACAAUGAGUUAAGGAAAACCAAAGAGGAAGUGAUAUGUGUCUACUGGAAAUACAAAGGGAAGGAAAGCUCUUGGUCCACCGAAGGCUGCACAAAGUUACACUCCAACCAAACACACACUGUGUGCAGCUGUGACCACCUCUCCAGCUUUGCUGUAUUAAUGGCACUAGACGAAUCACAGAUGCAAGAAAAUGUUGCCUUGACAGUGAUCAACUACAUUGCAGUGAUCGCAUCCCUGGUCUGCCUCAGUCUGGCUAUCUUUACAUUCCUAUUCUGCCGUUCGAUCCAGAAAGCCAACACCACCAUUCACCUGCACCUGAGUGUCUGUCUCUUCCUGGCUCACUUCCUGUUUCUAGUUGGGGUGUCCAGAACCGAAAAGAAGGUGCUGUGUGCAGUCAUAGCUGGGCUCCUGCACUACCUCUUCACAGCCAGUUUUGCCUGGAUGUGCCUGGAGGGAGUGCAGCUCUACCUGCUGGUGAGAAACCUGAAGGUGGUGAACUACAGCAGCAGGCAGGGGCUGCGAAGGAGGUACCUGCUGCUGGCUGGGUACGGCUCUCCUGCUCUCAUCGUGGCUGUGUCUGCUGGAGUCUUUCCAGGGGGGUAUGGGACCGACACAUUUUGCUGGCUGUGUCAGGACAGAGGAUUUGCCUGGAGUUUUCUUGGUCCUGUUUGUCUCACAAUCGCUGUAAACACCAUUCUCUUCAUUGCAAUUCUCUUUACUUUGAGAUCGCAAAUGUGUGUCCUCAACGUGGACGUGUCCAAAGUGAAAGACACCAGACUGCUGACUUUCAAAGCCAUUGCGCACUGCUUCAUCAUGGGCUGUAGCUGGAUCCUGGGAUUCUUUCAAGGAUUGGAGUUCUUCAGAUUUGUGUUUGUCAUUAUUAACUCACUGCAGGGUCCCUUUAUUUAUCUGGUGCACUGUGUGCUAAACCAGCAGGUGAGAAUGGAAUAUAGGAAAUGGUUUGGAUGCAUCUACAAACAGAAGGACAGCUCAGAGCUUACAUCUUCUGCAGUUCCAAAGGGAAACCUAACGGAUGGAACCAACAGAGACUGAGCAAUAACUGCAGCUCUAAGUUCAGAGGAGUGCAUGUGCAAUGGAGUAAAGUCAAUAGACAUCAUUGUUAAAGAAUGGGUGGGAAAUUGCCCUUCUAAAAUUUUAGGCAAAAAUCUAAGAGGUUUUAUAUAUUUCUGAAAAAAUCAAACCAUGUUUUUUGCCCAAAUCUGCAAUAUUUUUUAACUUGUCUCUGUUUUGAACCAAGCUGAUUUUUUAAAGGUGGUAACAUAAGGUCACAGUGUGAUAAGUUCCCUAUCAAUUAUGACACAAAAUGUGAAUGUCUCCAUUACAUGCCCACCUUCAUGGCACCUAUCCUUUGCAGGCUUUGGGUUAUUAUAGGCUUUAUAUUUGUGGUGGAAGUUUCGUUCCCAGACCCUAAAACAGAGAUUCAGGCCUUGCAGACAAAGUGGAGUAAAACAAAAGCUUUUAUUAAGUCUGCAGACUGGAGUUUCAACAGAGCAACGCAGGCUCUGCAAGCAAUCGCAGAGAAGCUCUCAGAUCUAUUUCUAUCUUCUCCUUAUAUAGACAGUUGUUCUGAGCGUACAUGACUUUUGUCACAUAUCUGCUAGUUAAACGCAUGCAAGCAUCCUGCUUCAACACCUGUAGGCAGCCAGACUAGACUUGUGGUUUAUCUUGAGUUUUGUUUACCAACUUCUUCUUUUGGUUAUUGAUUUGUUGAGUCAGUUGCUAUGGGACGUUGGUCCUUUACAAACAUACUGAUUCUUCCUUACAUGGCUGAUGCGACAUCAGCUGAAUAUGCGAGCUCCCACAAGUCUAGUCGGCUGAAACCACAAACACAUCUUUACAUUUUAUUUCUAUAUAAUAUCUUUAAUACUUAUAAAAGUCAAAACACAUAUUACUUGAUAACUCUUUUUCUACCUAUCGAAUUGGCACCUCAGACAUAAGAAAACAAACAGAAAGCAAAGAGUAAUUUUCCCACCACAUAUUCUAAAGCACUAAAAAUUCAUUAAGACACUUUAUUGUCAUUGUUUUUAAUAUAAUCAAUCACAAUUUUAGAGUUGAAUCAACUAGUUCAUUAGGGUAUCAAUCCAAGAGUGAUGUUAAUAUAUAUCUAUUUCAUUAUGUGUGUUUUUUUUUUUUUUAAUAAUUGCACACAUUGUUCUGUAGGAAUGUGUAAGCACUGAAUGUGCUUGGACUGAAGGUUUGACCUCCUCAAAUGUAUACACUGCCUCUGCAGGUGGGGAUGAUGUAAUCUAAUAGAGAUCAAGCUUUAAGUGAUGUCUUACUUCUGUCUGCACCUAAGCUUUGCACCUGAUGUGAUGUUCCAAUGCAAAGCCCUUCCCCUGCCCUCAAGCUGGUGUGCUUUGCAACAGUGCAAAUUAUAACAUGGUGAAGUCUAAAAUGACAGUAAUAUUUACAACAUAUACUGGUAAGAAUGUCUUAACGCACACUCUGUCGUGGGUUAUAAUGCUUAUAAAAUUGUUCUGUUUAUUUUGUAAAAAGAAAACAAAAAACACAGUAAGAUUUUAAACUUAAAAAUAUUGCAACAGUGCCAUAUACCUUGGCUGUGGACACAACAAAGUGACUUGAAGAACUUAUUACUGGUGAAGUCAUUGUUCAUUUAUUUUUGUACAAGAUAGGCACAUUUAUUAACUUAAUUAUGUUUAUACUUCAGUUGAUGUAUUGCUUUUUCUGUAAAAUAAAACUACAUAAAUGUAGAAUAAAACUGCUUACCUACUUGUUUUUAUACACAUUGGUAUGUAAACUUGAUGUUUACAUUAAUGAUGCUCUGCACCUUUGAAUUUCAAAUGCCAAGCCUUCGUUUGUUUUCACCACCAGUUAGGCUCAGACAGGGAGGCUUGUUUACUUGCUUGCUGACUGUCACUCAACACAAACAGUUUAUGCAUUUUAAUACACACUGAUGCCUGCAAUUACUGUACUGUGGUUUACUUUAUUACUUCCUUCACUGACUAUAAAACUGGAACCAACUUGUUUUUUGUUUAGUUUUUUCAUGCGCAGUCCAAUGCAGCCACGCUCUACCCCAGCAUUCAGUACAAAAGACCGGGGCUCUCAUCGUACCCGACCAGAUCGAGAGAAAAAAACAUCAAAAGAAACUGAUUAACAUUUAAUGUAUAUGAUUUUGUUUACUUUCUGACAGUGUUAGACUAAUGUAUAAUUAGUGCUGUAUUUUCUUCACUGUAAACAUUGGCUUAUUUCAUGGCAUUUCAGUCUAAAAAUAGGUAUUUCAAGAU